AUGGAAGCCAGUCCCCGCCACCAGAUGCAUCAAGGAUCAGUUCCGAUAUCUUACACAGUUACCACGGUGACGACCCAUGGUUUUCCCAUCCACACCGGGCAACCUAUCCCAGCCUGCAAUGCUCAGCAGCUCCCAGCAUGCUCGCCUCUGCAGAGGGUGGAGAAUGAAGUGGAUCUGCGAGGAGACCAGCAUCCGUUAGGAACAUUCUCUUAUCCUCCAGCCCACCAUCCACCAGCAAUGACCCCCUCCGUGCCCCUCCAGUACCUCCCCCAGGAGCCCCUCCAUCAAGAGCUACCCUACGGAGUGCCAUAUCCGCACAUGCUGCCGAGGCGUAUAACUGGACAGAGGUACCGAUUACAGCAGCCUCUGCCUCCCCCGCCCCCUCUGCCGCCCUACUACCCCGGCUUCUUACCAUACUUCCUCUCGAUGCUUCCUGUGCCUCCAACUGCUGUGGGUCCUGCUAUCAGUCUGGACUUGGAUGUAGAUGAUGUGGAGAUGGAGAACUAUGAGGCGUUAUUAAACCUUGCUGAGAGACUAGGAGAAGCGAAACCUCGAGGACUAACGAAAGCUGAUAUAGAGCAACUUCCGUCCUAUAGGUUCAAUUUAGAAAACCACCAAUCUGAGCAAACUCUGUGUGUUGUAUGCUUUAGUGAUUUUGAGUCAAGGCAGCUACUUCGAGUAUUACCCUGCAACCACGAAUUUCAUGCAAAAUGUGUGGAUAAAUGGUUGAAGACCAAUCGCACCUGUCCAAUCUGUCGAGCCGACGCGUCUGAAGUUCACCGCGAUGUGGAAUGAGUUCAGGUUUUUGUCCUUCACUGGAAAACAGCACAAAUCCUUGAGUGUGUUCUGUGAGUGAGGACACCUGAUCUCCAGCCAAACGCAAAUCUACCCCCACCCCGCUCCCAACCCCACCUCUACAAUAAGCAAUCUCGGAAUUUGUACGGAACCUGUUUGACCUCUGCUGUGUGUCAUUGUGUGAGUUUCAUGAAAGCUACUGCCGCCUAUAGCUACUUCUGAGUUCUGGAAUUGUGACUGGGUUUUUUUUGGUGGGGUUCUUUUCAUCUUUUUUUUUUCAUUAACCUGCCCUUGUUUUCGCAAAUUCCAAAGAUAACCUGUAAUACGUGUUGUGUUGGCAUAUUCGUUUACGCAAUUGAAUAUUCUCUAGUUGUUUGAUCACAGAUAAUUAAAAUCGUGCUUUAGUCUCGUUACGGACUGCGGGAGUGGGCCUGGAUCAUGGUGGUUUUUGGCUUUACUGUGCAAUCAGACAAGUUUGUAGGACGCGGUCGCUCUGCCAGUGAACGACCAUCAUAGAUGCAUGUCUGUAUAAGCGAUGGGCUGAGGGACUCGUUAAUAAUCAAUGUUUUGCAAUAAUGUAUUGAUCAUUUGAAUAUCUUAAUCCCGAUUCUCUUUUAUCUGCGAAUGCUGUUGUGAAGGUGUGACUUUCAGUGGUUCAGAGUUCCAAGGCCUGAGGUUAAAGAGGGAAACGUAGACAAAAAGUACUGCAAAACGACAGACGUGAAUCCAUCGGGAAAAUUCCCGCUGGGCUUUCACCACAGUCGUAGAGAUAUUGUGAAGCAGUGGCGUUUUUGCUGUUUGCUGGCAAGGCCAAUAGGACUGGCCCAUGAGAACACAGGGACGAGGACAGCACACUGCCUCUGCCAGCUCCCACCUGGCUGCACUGCACAACCCCCAUCGAUUCUGGACCGGCCCUCUUCAUCCCGCUCCCUCACACUCAGCUAGAUCCAGGAGAACAUCUCACGGGCCCCGCGCGGACUGUUCUUUUAGACUAGCAAUAUUUGAAUUAACGAGAUCCACCACAUUUCAGCCUCAAGAGGAACGUCGGGCGGUCUCCGUCUUGCCAUUCUCACACCCGUUGCAUUUCCGACGGAGGCCAAGGAGCUCGCAUUUGCCUGUCCAGAAUGACUUUUUGGGAAAGGGUGGAACACUUUGCAGAAAGCAAUACGUGCAAUGAGUGUGUGAAGUGAACGCAACAUUUGACCUAGUUUUGGAGGACUAGGCUUUUUGUUUUUCCUCAUGAGCCAAAUAAUCAAUAUACUCUACAAGAUUUUAGCUCUGCCUUCUCUAGACCUUGACAAGCACAAACCUGCUACUAAUCUUCAGACAUCCUUUUUUUAAGUGGUGUUUAUUUAUUUCUUUCGAGAGAGUUUUUGAAGGAUUUGGUUGGAAUAUUGAAACAUCUUUAGUGCGUUUUAGUUUGCCUCCCGUUGGUAGGUCUCAGGCCAUGUUCACAGUGUAAAGUGAUGUGAAAGAAAAAACAUUGUAUGCAUAGCCUUGGUGUGAAAGGUUGCAAAUUAUCGUCUUGUUUUUAAGACAAAAGAAUGUUGAAACCCUCUGUAUUUCUAGUUACGCCCUCUCCUGUGCGCCACUUGACUGUAGUCGUUCCACGAAGAUCCCAGAUAGGAUUCGAAGGGUCGUUUAGGGUCGUUUAAAGAAAAAAAAAUGCACUGUAAAAUGUUUAACUCAUGGUUCACUCGAUUCCAAAAACAAGCCUGAACUUUGUUUGGGGGAAAACUAUGAACUAUUUGGGUAUUCUUUUUUUGUUUGUUCCCCAAGUACUUUAAUUAUAGGACUUUUAAAUAUAUAUAUAUAUUCAUGAGACGUUUGUCCACUGAAUAGUCAUUGUAACUCAAUGGACACACUGGCUUUCUCGGGUAAAGGGACUCUCUUAAGAGAAUGUGAGAAUCUUGUGUUUGCGUGCCAUGUUUUAAAAAAAGCCAUUGUAAUGAAUUUAAUCCACACUUUUGAUAAGUAAUCUAUGUAUACAUAUCUGUUCACUGGCAUAUAUUUUGAGUAUAACGGAGAAAAAAAAAAUCACUCAGGGCCUCUCUGUAAUUGAAAAAUAAAGGAAAACAGUCCAUUUCAAAUGGGAUUGAUGCCAUGGAGAUAUAUUUGGGUAUUCUGGGUUGUUUUCCUCAGGCCAUGCUUAUUUUAAAUGUAAUCAACUUGAACUAAUAUUCCUUUUAUAAAUAGUGGUGAAUAUUAUUCCAUUAUAAGACUGGCAUGCAAAGAAAAAAAAAAGAUGAAGUGACAUGUUGUAUCGAGUGAGAAUAGGCUUUUCGUCACUGCAGCCGAUCAUUAGCGUAUGUUACUCGAACCUGUUUUGCAGCUGUUGCGUUUUUCCGUGUUCUUGUACUUGAACCACACAUAAAAGGUUGUAAUACCGUUGAAAAACGUGCCACGGUGCACACCGUCCUACCUAGACCACUUCCAAGACUAUUCUUACAGUGUUUGCAUGAUUUAAGGAUUCAAAAAAGGUCAAAUAAAAAAUUAAAUCUGUAUUUUCAGUGAAAGAGAUCUAGACGGGUGGGCAAGUAUUUAAUUGUGCAUAAUAUGCAUGCAUGUCCAACCAGGUCCCAACUGGUUUUUUUAGGUAGAUCUAGUUGGCUUUGGGUUCUGGGUGUAGAGGACUUUCUGCUCAGCUGAUAACUGCCAUGCGCUGUACUGCACACAUUUGUAAUAGAACCGAAUGACUACAAGAUUUUAUUGUGCUUGUACUUGCAAAAGAAAAAAAAAAUUAAGAAUGAUAAUAUAGGACAUUUAAAAUAACGUUAAGCUUGAUGCCAGUGGGAAGCCAGUGGUUUUUUGAAGUGGAAAAAUGUGAUUUGAUAGGCUCCUCACCACAUUUGUGCUUCUAUUGUUGCCUCAGUUACUGACACACUUGCCUGGAAUCUAGAUAAUGGAAAGCCAUAUAGUAAAAAAGGUGCUAGAUAUUCUAUAUUUAGGUGUAAUGCUACAUUCACAUAAGAGAAUGCAAUAGUUUGUUAUGGGUCUCUAUUCAUACAGCAUGCAGUGCUACUAGUACCCUCACGGUGGUCAGAAACAGUUAAUAACAUUAUCAACAUGGGUUUCAAUUAAGAAAACAAAAAGAAA